AACAUAUUAUAUUGAAAAAAUACCGAUCAAUCUACAUUAAAUUCAUAGUAUAAAAAUAUAAUAAAAUAAAAGACAGCCAAAUAUGGAAUUUGAGAAACAUGUUGGAUUCUCCAAACACGCCGUGGUACCAAAAAUUGAACUAGCUUAUCAGGCGAUGCAAAAGAAGAAUAAGAAGUCUCACAGUAAGAAAAGCUUAAAAAAUUCCACAAAGCGUCAACCACAAAAAUGUCCAAGUAUUCAGAACAUUUGGCGCAAGACGAUCGUGCUAACCAAAGUUAAGCAUAAAGCUAAUUUACCUAGGAUAUUUACUCCAGACCGCAUAACUGGAUUGCCACUUGAUUACGAGCGUACGGUAUCAAAAAUUAUGCAUUAUGUUAAUCCGCAGGCUUCAAAUAGUCCUAGCCCGGAUCAGUUGAUAGAGGAAUUCCUAACUCAAACACUAGCUGGUUAUUUGAAGAACUACACAUGCUGCGACCAAUCUUCGUUGAAAAAACAUAUGCGCAUGAUUUUACAAAUUCAGGGACCAAAUGUAGCACAAAGUUACCAUUGCAAUGAUGAAGAGCUGUUCGAGUUUCAUUGCGCCUGCAAGCGCAAGCCCAUCCCACCUGUCAAUAUAGUGCCAAUAUAUGGAAGUAAAUUCAAUUACAACAAUCUGAAGAUAAAAAGCAAUUAGAAAGCCUUCUUACACAUGACUUAAACUCGGCUCAAAUGAAGCACAUUCAAAUUUAAAUUCGCAAAAAUUGGAGCUCAAAUUAAAUUCAACUGGUCUAAAGACCUCGAAAUCGACGCAAGUUGGCAACCAUAUUGUCAGACAACUUAAAGAACCUGUGAAACUUGGCAAGGGCGUUGGUCAGCUUUGGCACUGCAAACAGCGACAGCAGCAUCAACAAUAAGCUCAAUUCACUGAAAAUUUGCAGUUCGCAAAUGGCCACAAACAUAAACUACAGCGAGAGAAGAAAGAGUCAACUUACUAAAUCGGACCGUAAACAGCAAAACUAGGAGCAUCAGAAUAACGAUUGGCAUUGCUAAAUAGGCCAAGAUGUCGUUGUUGCUGUCGAUGAGCAUAUUACUCAACA